AUUUGUUAAUUUCAAUUUUUUUUCUAGGGAAGAGUAGCAUACACUUGUAUGUUGAUAAAAAUAAAGGCAUCUUUAGAUGUAGUUACAACUUUUCUUACAGAAAUACACAUUUUUAUCACUUUUCUAUCGUUAUAGGAAACGAGCCCAAUAGCAAAUUAUGGUCCAUAUAUCUCUUUCAGGUUGCAGUUAAAUUAAUCAACAAAAUUAAAGUGACUGAAUGGGGACUUCAUAAUGGACAUAAUAUACCAAUGGAAAUUAUUCUCUUGAAAAAAGUUUCUCAUGUUUCUGGAUGUAUUAAAAUGUUAGAUUGGUAUGAAGUGAAAAACAAUAGUGCUCACAGUUAUGUUAUAGUGAUGGAACGACCAGAGCAUGUUCAAGACUUAUUUGACUAUAUCACAGAAAAGGGCGCUGUAAAUGAAGAAACCAGCAAAGUGUUCUUUAGACAAAUUGUAAAAACUCUUUAUAGUGUUCAUAGAUCAGGUGUUGUACACCGAGACAUUAAAGAUGAAAAUAUUUUAGUGGAUUUGAAAACUGGUGAACUGAAAAUAAUUGACUUUGGAUCUGGUACAUUGCUCAAAGAUACAGUUUAUGUGACCUUUGAUGGUACAAGAGUGUACAGUCCUCCUGAAUGGAUAAAACACCAUCGGUACCAUGGUAAAUCAGCAACAGUGUGGUCACUGGGAAUUUUAUUAUUUGACUUAGUUUGUGGAGAUAUUCCAUUUGAACAAGAUGAACAAAUCAUGAAAGCAGAAGUAUCAUUUAGGGGAAGAUUAUCACAUGAUGUGAAAGACUUAAUAAAAAAGUGUUUAGCAAUUCGUCCAUCAGAUAGGCCAUCUUUUGAAGACAUUUUAAAUCAUUCAUGGUUAGCAACUCCACAGUUGCCAGUUGAGAAACUUAGUUUACAUGGAAAUAAUAACAAUAGUUCUUGCCAGCAUGGAAAUUCUGUAGACACUGUUUCAAUGAGUAGCCAAGAAAGUGUGUGACGAAACCUUAUAACAGAAUAGAUUUAGUCAAUAUUCUGUGCAACAGAAAAAUGCAAUAAACUAACUCAUGUAACUCAUUCCAAUGCUCAGGGAUUAAUCAACAUGAUCAAACAAUUUGCCAAAGUCAAUCUUUUACAAAAAUCUUCUCCUCUGAAACUACUGGGUCAAAUUAAACCGAACGUAGCCACAAUCAUUAUUAGGGUAUAUAGUUUAAAAAAUGUGUGUGGUGGCCCAGCCAACCAACCAAGAUGGCUGCCAUAGCUAAAAAUAGAACAUGGGGGUAAAAUGUAGAUUUUGGCUUAUAACUUUGAAACCAAAGCAUUCAAAGCAAAUCUUACAAGGGGACAACUUGUUUAUCAAGUAAAAAUCUAUAUGCCCUGAAAUUUUCAGAUGAAUUGGACAACUGGUUGUUAGGUUGCUGCCCCUGGAAAAUUUUGACAAAAUGAAUGCUUCCAAAAUAUUGUAUGCGAACUUGAACAUUUUUGUAAAUAACAGUGAAAUGAAAACUGAGACAUUUCUGGAUUAUCAAAGAACUUAAAUUAUUUUCACAGAAAUAAAGAAGUGUACAAUUAUUUAAUUCCCAAAGCCGUUAUACAAUGAUUUUCAAAUUUUCAUAUAACAUUUUGGAAGCAAACUUUACAAACAACUGACAUUGGCAAUUUUGUAAUAUGUCUUAUUUCAAACGUUUUGAUUGGUCUAACUGUUUGCUAUUUUGUAAUACCAAAGAUUUUCUCCUGCCCAGACCAUUGGUGUCAAAAAGUAUUUUUAGCCAAAAAAGUCAUUUACAACAUUUUGGAAGCCCAGCGACGAUAUAAUAGUCUUUCAAGAUGUCAUAAUUGUUUGGACUAAAUUACACAGUGCUUUCCAAAAAUGAUUUGAAAUGUGGUUGUUGUCAGGAUGAACGCUGAGCGUAUAAUAUCAGACAAGAUAAAUGUUAUCCAUCAUUGUCCAUAAGCCAAAGAUUGAUAAAAAAAAAUUGAGCUUGAAGUUGAAAUUCUAAAACAAUAACUAAUCUGAUGUCUCAUAUCGUAUCACUAUCAUUCUGUGCUUUGUGACAAAAUAGAAAUAAUAUGACUAACCGCUUAUAUUUGGAAUUGUUACAGUGUCCAAAACAAAAUUAAUAAAACACAUGCAAUAUUUCAUUUUCAAUAUUUUGUGCAAAGAACGCUAUGAUUACUACACUGUGACCAAAUUUCAAAUGACAUAAUGCAGCCUGUGACGUCAAGUAUGAAUCGCUGUAAUUCAACGCAAUAUAGUUCGUUUGUUAUUUGCUUUUUUAUUGUAAAUAUUUUUAUUUUUUCGUAAUUACCGAUAAACAGAAUAAAGGACUUUUUGUUUUUGAUACUGACUUUAUCACUGUGAAAUUUCAGGUUCGGGCUCACCUGAUAUAACACAGUGAUAAAGUCAGUAUCAAAAACAAAGAGUCCUUUAUUCUGUAUUUAUUGGCUUAUGCUUUGCAACAUUAUAGUAUAUUUACACUAUUUUAUGUAUGAUUUUGGUUAUACUGUUGAGUUACUUUAGUAUACAUUUCAAUGAAUACAAAUUUUGAUUAUUUAGAAGAAUGAAAUAAAGUGAACUUGGACUUGUGUAUGCAAAAAAAUGAAUGCUCUAAUUCAAAAAGAUAAUUAAGUUUGAAAUAGAAUUUAAAACAUAUAACACUUAGAAAAAAUAAUGUGCAAAGCCCAUUAGGAAUGAUUAAUCAAACAAAACAGAAAUGUUAGAUGGUCUAUCUAAUGAAACAUGCUUGGUAUAAUUGGUUUUUAUGGUGUAGUAAGAUAGUACUAUGAUGUAAGAUGGUCUAUCUAUUGAGUGUAUAUGUUGUGUACAAGUUAUCAUUUUGUUUAAAUUAUAAUUUGUACAAAAUUUGACCAAAAUUCACUUAUAACUUGUACAUGUUGUACAACAGUUUUAAAUACGAAUUUUGGUGAAAAAUGCAAUGAUUCACACAAUAGAAUUGUAAUUAACUGACAACACACUAAACCUUAUUAACAUAAUACACCGUUUAUACACAACACUUACUACAAAAGGCAGGUUGAUCUUUGAAAUUUUUGAGAGAGAAAAAAGUAAACAAAUAGGAUUUUUUUCAAAUUUUUAAUACAUAAACGUCUUUUUCUUAAAAAAAAAUAUCAUUCAAUAGUACUGCUUGAUUAGUUCUUAUCGUUAUUUUGAGGUAUUUUUUUUUUAUUUAGAAACUUUGCAAACGAUUACGGGGUAUAUUUGUAAAAUUUCAUAUUUCAUAUUGUUGAAAAAAAACAAUGAUAAAAAAAGGCAAAACAACAACUGACAUAUUCCUGACUUUAGCAUAGUCAUAUUCCUAACCAAACGGGGUGUUUAAUCUUCUGGGAUAUUUAUUUUGCCUAAAAGUCUGACUGAAGCAACUAAAUACACAUGUUUAUUCACAGCAACGGUUCCUGAGCUUCAACGCUCACUAUAUGAAACAGUUAAAAUGCCUGUAAAACAGGUCGUUAUCGAUUUGAGAGUCAAAAGAUGGUUUGCAAUACCUGAUUCCAUAAAUCACUAUAUCACCUGCUCUAACAAUUGAUAAAGAACUACUUUUGAAUUAUGUAACUUAGGUUUACUUUCAGGUCAUUUAGUACGUAGCAAUUCAAUAAUGUGUAUCAAUGCUUUUUUCGCCAAAAUCCGUAUAAAAAAUUAUUGUACAAGUUAUUUAUAUAUAAGUGAAUUUUUGUCCUAUUUUGUACAAAUUGUAAUUUGUACAAGCACUUUUUGUACAAAUUACAAUUCGUACAAAGUCAAAAUACAAAUUAUAAUUUGUACAAUAUUUUUGUACUAAUUAUAAUUUGUACAAAAUGAUAACUUGUACAUAACAUAUAUAUAUAUAUGACCAGUAUGUACUAUUAUGUUGAUGCAGUAUAUUAACAAUUAGUAAAUUUUAUGAUUCUGAAGUACAGUGUUUAUUUUUAGACUUGACAAUCGAAUGAUGUAAUUGUUUUCUAUUUGUGUUCAUUGUUAAAUUUUGGCAAGGUGAUGCCAUCUGUAACUUACAUUUUAAUUCACUUGUUAAAACCUUAUGUAUCAAUGUUGAUCCUCUUUCAUGGUUUUUGUAUUUGUAUUUAUAAAAAAUCGAAAGUUUGA